GGCGAGUACAUUCUUAUCAUUUAAUUUUGUUUGAUAACAAUUAUCAUUCGUUUGUUUUCGUAUAACAUCGGCAUAAGUGAUACUAUUUGCUGAGAUAACUUUGCUUUCGGAACAUUGAACGGUUUGGAAAGUGUGAUUUCUGGAUUUCACCUCGUCGGAAAGUGGGAAAAAGUUGAAAAUGAACAAAUUUGUCGGCCUAACCAGAAAGUUUUCUAGCUCAUCGUCUUUAAAUGCAAUUAAGACGGUUACUGUGGUCGGAGGUGGGCUUAUGGGAUCAGGAAUUGCACAAGUUGCAGCUCAAGCGGGUCAAAAUGUAACAAUAGUUGACAUAAAACCCGAGUUGCUGGAUAAAGCACAAAAAUCAAUACAUAAUAACUUGACAAGAGUUGGUAAGAAGAUGUACAAAGAUGAUUCGGCAAAGAUUGAAAACUUUGUCAAAGAAUCUUAUAAUAGAAUUCAAGUGUCCACAAAAAUAGAGGAUGCUGUUAAGGCAGACCUUAUUAUUGAAGCUAUUGUUGAAAAACUUGAUGUUAAACAAGAGUUAUUUAAUAAACUUGAUCAGUUGGCUCCAGAGCAUACUAUUCUGGCCACAAACACAUCCUCUAUCUCCAUUAAUGAGAUUGGUGCUGGCAUCAAAAGGAAAGAUAGAUAUGGUGGUCUACAUUUCUUCAACCCAGUGCCAGUGAUGCGUCUUUUAGAAGUUAUCAAAGGUGAUCACAUCUCUGAAGCCACUUAUCAGACGAUGAUGGAGUGGGGCAAGUCAGUCGGGAAGACAUGUAUCACCUGCAAAGAUACACCCGGCUUUGUGGUGAACAGAUUAUUGGGACCUUACAGCGCAGAAGCUAUAAGAUUGUAUGAGAGAGGUGAUGCAUCCAAAGAAGAUAUUGAUAUUGGAAUGAAGUUAGGCGCAGGAUAUCCUAUGGGUCCGUUUGAAUUGGCUGACUAUACAGGACUUGAUACCAACAAAUUCGUACUGCAAGUUAUGUAUGAAAAAACCAAUAACCCGGUGUUCAAGCCUAUACCACUUCUAGAUAAGAUGGUGACUGAAGGAAAAUUAGGUAUUAAGAGUGGAGAAGGAUUCUAUCAAUAUAGAAAAUAGAAUUUUUACUGAUUUUUUUAAUUUUUUUUAACAUAUUUCAUACUUGGAAAUAUUAUAGGUAUUUAAAGGUGCUGGAAGACUGACAAUGACAAUAUUUUUUUUAAUAAAAAAUAAAAUAUUUUAUAUAAAAAAAGUUA